UAGAAGGAAAGCAUUUUACAUCCUGGGGGAUAAAUUUUUAUUUUUAUACAAGGUGAAAAAACAAGAAAAGACGCAUUUAAUAAUAAAACAGGAAUAUCUUGGAUAAAGUUGUGAUUGAAGAUAAAAAUAUCAAUAUAAAGUGAAGUAAAAUGGUGAACGAAGUUGUAUUAAAUGAAUUUCAAAGCAAGAUAUUUGAGAAAAUAUCAAAGAAUGAAGUGGAUGAUUUUAAAGCACUAUUGGCUGUUUGUAAGGAUACAGUAAAUUUUGUAGAUAAAAAUGGUAUGACUCCGCUUCAACAUGCAUGUUAUAAAGGCAACAAGGAAAUAGUACAAAUGCUUUUAGACCAAGGAGCCGAUGUCAAUUAUAGUCAACAUGGUGCUGGUUAUACUUCAUUACAUUUUGCUGCAUUAUCUGGAAAUACAGAUGUUUGUGUUUUAUUAUUAGAUGCUGGAGUCAAUGCAAAUACUUUAAAUUCUGUAUCGAGGACAGCAGCUCAAAUGGCAGCUUUUGUUGGAAAUCAUCAAUGUGUAGCUACAAUUAACAAUCAUAUUUCAAAAUCUGAAAUAGAAUGUUAUACAAAAUUGCAAGGGCAUCAAACUGAACCAUAUUUGCAACCUAUUUUACUGGAUAAUUUUCAUAGAUUUGUUAUACAAAUAAACAUUCAUCCCGUUCGGGUUGCAUUAAAUUUGCAAAAAUAUUCUUUAUCGGAUCAUUUGAAAUCAGUAAACAAAGUUUUAGAACUUAUGAUGGAAAAAGAGAUGCAAAAAAAAUAUGAUGUAAAUGAGUUGAUGGCUUAUAAAUAUCAUUAUUUAAGUUGGAUUGUUAAGGAAAUAAUGCGAUGUCAAGAGCAUUUCCAAAAUGCUAAAAAAGAUAAUAAAACUGAUUCUUCAAACGAAGGGAAGCAUGAUUUUAUCGAAUUGUUUGCAAAGAGAGUACUAAAGGAAAACAAAUUGGGCCAAUUAGAUUAUUUAGAAUAUACAAUAAGAGAUUGUGCACGAGAAUUUCCUUACAGGGAAUGUACAAUUUUUAGACAAGUUGUAUCACAAUUGGCUAAUAAAGAUUCUUUGCCAGCUUUAGACAUUUUAAAAAAUGCAAUUAAUGGAAGUAGAGGAUUUGUGGAUGAUAUAACAUUUUGUAGCUCAUGUGGGGAAGAGAAACCGGAUAAGAAAUGUUCAAAAUGUAAACAAGUGCAAUAUUGUGACCGCGAAUGUCAACGUCUUCAUUGGUUUAUGCAUAAAAAGAAUUGUGCAAGACCUACAUCAGCUUCUGCAUCUGCUUCAGGUAGUCAAUCUGCUAAAAAGGAUAUCGAUGCUAAUGACAUAAGAGAACAAUUACAAAAUUUAGUUGCUAGUUAAAAACCUUUCUAUCUUAAUUAAAUAAUCUAAAGCAGAAAUAAAUCUAAAACAAAUAUUAAAUUUGUGAACAUUAACUGCUUGUACUGUAAACAAAAUAAGUAACAAAUGAUUAUUUUAAUCUUAAAAAAAUUUAAAUCAUAGGAUAAAAUGAAUGAUAAAAUUAUUACUAAAUUAUAAUUUAACAUCGUCACUUUUUAAAUGAUUUUUAAACAAAUAAUUUUUACUAGAUUUUAACAAUAAAAGCUGUAUGCCAUAUGUAAUUUGAAGUGUUUUUUUUUUUUUUUUUUGAUCUAAUAACAUAGCUGGCAUGAAAAUGUAGAGGAUUUUUGUUCUCUAAAAAACAAUAUUAGUUUUUUUUCGUUGUUUUUUCAUUUCGGUUAGUGUUAAGUUCUAAUAAGAAAAAAUAUAAAUUUGGUAAAUUUUUAUUGUACAAAAAUUACGAGCGUUGGAUUUGUUAGUAGUAGACAAUUAUAGUUUUAAAAUAUAAAACACGUGCAUUUAAUUCAUUUUUCAAAUUUCCUUUAAUUUAGAAUUGUACAAUUCCUGCCCAUGUACACUAAGAAAAAAAAAAUAAAGAAGAACAGUUUAAAUCUUCUCAAUGCUUAUUUAAAAAUAAGCAGACCAAUUAUAUUUAUGUAUGUGAGUAAUAAGUCUAAGCAUAAAAUUAACAUUUAUUUUUUUUUUUGAAAAUUCAAACUAAAUCUAUUAGAAAAACGAAAAGUUUUUAAAUUUAUGCAGGUUUAAAAGUCUAAUAGUCUAAUUUUGAUGGAUUUUGCGAUAAUUAAGACGUGUAGAUCUAAAUUUUAAAAUCUAAGUUCUAAUCUAAAUCUUAAAAUUUUUUUUUGCAUGAUUACUGAUCUAGAAAAACUAAAUGUGAUGUAGUUAACUACAUACAUUCAUAUAAAUUUUUAUAUUUUUGUAAUAUUCCUCAUUUUGUAAUGUGCUACAAAAAGCAGAGUUUUAUCGAACAUGCUAAAUUUGUAGAUUUAGUUUCGAUUUA